AUGGAUGUGGAUGCAAUUGUAUAUAGAUUGAAGGAGAGUAAUAUUGAUGAUACUAGAUUUGCAAUCAAAGUUAUUGAGGCUGCCGAAUUCAAUGAACCUAAAACAAUGAUCUUACUCUCGACAAGUAUGUCUUGGGCAAUGACUCGUAAAAGUUUUACUGAAGCAGAUCAAGAUGAUGAAGCAGAAAAACCAUUAAGAAAGCCAUAUGAAGCUUUCACUGAAGAUGCAUUUGUCACAAGAAAACCUCACAACUCAUUUAAAGGAUUUGUUGAAAUUGAAAAGAGAGUUAUGAGAGCUAAAUCAAAAUAUCUCAGAACCUUUGUGUUCUUCUGUGGAAUUUUGUAUGGAGAAGAGGAAGAAAAAUUACAUCAAUGGUUUAAAUUGGCUUGGAAUGGAGAAGGUGACUCAUUGCCUGUCUUUUUGGAUGGUGGAAAUUAUGUUCCAAUGAUUCAUGUGCAAGAUUUAGUAUCAAUAACUCAAAAAACAAUUGAAGAGCCACCCCAACCAAAGGACGGUGAGGAUGAUUAUCAACAAGCAUUUCUUGCAGUGGAUGAAUCCCAGUUGACUCAAUCUCAAAUAGUUGAAUGCAUUAGUCAAAAGUUUGGAUUUAAUGGAAAGGUUGAAAAGCUAGAUGAAGAAGAGUGUUUAAUUUAUGACUACUUUGAAUAUUUCACAGCUGACGUUAAACUUGCCAUUGGUGCUGUCAAUGAAUUCUCCUUUGAAUGGGUUUCCAAAGAGGGGUUUGCUGAGAAUUUCGACAAAAUCAAGCAAGAGUUUGAAAAGAAGAGAAAUCUUGCUCCUCUUAGAAUUUUAAUGAUAGGUCCACCAGGUGCAGGAAAAUCCCACUAUUCUGCUCAAAUGAAGAGAAAAUAUAGAUUGGAUGUUGUGAACUCGUCUUCUGUAAUUUCAGAUUUUGAAGCAUUGGUGAAAGAGAAGGAAGCAACCUACCAUAAUCUUGUUCAAGAAAAGAAAGACAAGAUUGAGCACGCCAAACAAUUGAGACUGCAAAAGAAGAAGGAGCUAGAAGAAAAGAAGAAAAAGCAAGAAGAAGCUAAAAACGAUGGAGAUGACGAUGAAGACAACCAAGAACCUCCUCAAGAAGAAGAUCCAGAAGAACCAGCAGAAGAGGAUAAGGAAGAAGAGGAAGGUUCACCAAUCUUUGUUGCAAAACAAGAAUUUGAAAAAUACAAGGCCAUUCUUGAUUUGAAAGAGAACAGUGGAAGAUAUAAUGAUACAGCAAUUACUGAAAUGUUUAGAUGGAAACUGUCUCAACCAAGGUUGUUGAACCAUGGUUGGAUACUGGAUGGAUUCCCAAAAACAGUUGAGCAAGCUAAACUUCUUUUUAUUAAGCGUGCAGAGGGAGAUGAUGAACCAAAGGGUGUGGAUGAUCAUUUGUUCCCUGAUUAUUGUAUUAUUUUCAAUUGUAAAGAGAAGGUUUUGGAGGAUAGAUUAAUCAAUAUAACUGAUCCAACUCCAGGACACAAUGACCAAGAUGGUUUUAAGAGAAGACUUGAAGCCUUUAACAAGGCUAACGAUAUUAACAAUUUAACCACAUAUCUUUUGGGCUAUAUUGAAGAAUGUGUUACUGAACAAAAGAGACAGUGUAUAACGAAGGAAGUAGUUUUUGAAACUGAAAGAGAUGAAAAAGAAAUACUGACCGAAGUUAAGGAGUUUUUGGGUAAGCCGCACAACUAUGGUCCAACAGAGAAGGAAUUAAAAGAAAAGGAGAGAAGAAGAGCUGCCAGAGAAGAUGAACAACAAAAACAAGAACAACAGAAGCACCAAAAUGCUUUGGAAAGAAAGAGAAAACAAGCAGAAGAAAGAGAAAGAGUAUUAAGAAGUGAUGCUGAAAGACUUGAAGAAAUAAGAAAGCAAGAGAAAAUCAUGCUUGAAGUCAAAUCUCAACCACUUAGAGUUUACCUUAUGGAAAAUGUCAUUCCAGUUCUUACCAAAGGGUUGAUUGAAGUGUGUCAAAUGCAACCAGAAGAUCCUGUUGAUUAUCUUGCUGAAUGGUUGUUCAAACAAAUUCCUGAUGAUAAAUAAAUUUAUUUAAGUUGCCUUUCGGCUCU